AUGUUCACCGUGCUCACGUUGGCCACCCAGAUUCUCAGCCACUUCAACGUGAUCGCGCACACGUUGGAGCAGGCCAACAACUUUGGCUCGCAUCAGAAUCACAUCAAACAGUUGAGGAUACCUGGAGACCUGAUCAUUGGCGGAGUGUUCCCGGUGCACGCGAAGGGACCAGUUGGCGGUGGACCAUGUGGGGAGAUCAGCGAGACGAGGUAGGGGUUUUGGGAGGGGGAGAUUAGAUAACACAAUUUUUUGGGCGCGGUAAAAAAAUGUUUGGGCAGGGUAAAAAAAAUUUUGGGCGGGGUAAAAAACAAUUUUUUUUGGAUGGGGCAAAAAAAUUUUUUGGGCGUGGUAAAAAAAAUUUUUUUUGGGCGUGAUGAAAAAAUAAAAAUUUUGGCGGGGGGGGGGGAUGUGAGAUGAAUUUUUUAUCUUUCUUGUUUAGGAAUGGUACGAAAUGUAGUUAAGGUACUAUAAGGCAAUGCUUCUCGUAUUUUACAAAAAAAAACUCUUUCAGAGGCGUUCACCGGGUGGAAGCAAUGUUAUACGCUCUGGACAUUAUCAACUCUCAACCGGACUUUCUCAGGGGAUACAAACUUGUACCUUCUUUAAAUGUUUUUAAGGGUAGAGCGGGGUAGAGUAGAGUAAAGAUUGGCAGGAUAAGUUGUUAUAAAUCUUGGUAGAGCAGGGCGUGGUAAUUUUAAAAAGAGUAGGGAUUGGUAAAUUUAAGAUAAGAAGGGCAUGGUAAAUAUAUUUGGGGUAGGGUUGGGUGGGGUAGUGUAGCGUAGGGUAGAGUAGAAUAAACGUAGGAUAGAGUAACUCAGGGCAGGAUAAACUUUAAAUUUUUAAAAAUAUUGUUGUAGGGUGCUCUAAUACUCGACUCAUGCUCAAACCCAUCUUAUGCGUUGAAUCAAAGCUUGGACUUUGUUCGAGAUAUGAUUGGAUCAACAGACUCUUCGGAAUAUCAAUGUGGCGAUGGGUCUCAACCAGCUCUGCGAAAUACACCGAAAAAGAAAGUUGUUGCCGUCGUUGGAGCGUCGUAUUCGUCAGUUACUGUGCAGGUUAGUAAUAUUUUACUUGGUAUUUAAAAAUUUAAGUCUUUUUUAAAGUUUUAAAAGCGUACUUAAAAGAAAUUUUGGGAUUUUGUAAAUUUAAGUUUGAAAUUUUUUAAAAUAUUUUUUUUUGCACGGUGCAACUAAAAGACUUGAUCAUAAUAGUACAAUUUUAAAUUUGUAAAAUACGAAAAUUUUUAUAUCAUUAUAAAAAUUAUUUUUACAAGACUUUUUGAUUUUUCUGUAAAGAAAGUUAUUGCAGUUUGAAAAAUUUGCACGGUGCAGUCAAACUGCCAUUAUUAGUUAUGACAUUUUUUGAUGUCGAAAACUGAAAAAAUGUUUUAGGAUGCUUUUUCAUGCCAUUUUCAAUGUAUUUUUAAAAAUUUGGAGAUUUUACUUUUAUUGUAAACAAAGUUAUUGCGGAAAGAAAAAUCUGCACGGUGCAAUAAAUUUGCCAAAUCAAGUUGACAGUUUUAAAGUAAGAAGCUAACAAGAAGGCCGUAUUUUAACUAAUGUAAAAAUUUGAAAACAAUAGUGCUUUCAGAUAGCCAACCUGUUGAGGCUGUUUCGAAUAGUGCAAGUUAGUCCAGCCAGUACGAACGCUGAUUUGAGUGACAAAAGUCGGUUCGAAUUCUUUGCACGGUGAGUUUUUUUACUAUUUUUCUAAAGUUUAUAGCUGGUUGUAUGAUCAAUAAGUUUGUAGAAAUUAUGUUGUUACCUUCUCUUAUGUUUACAUUUAGUUAAUCUAGUUUUUUGGGAUCUUUCUAGGGACUUUUUGACCAAAAAACUUAUUUUGUGGCUGUUUUUGGGCCUUUUUUAAGAUAAAAAUUGGAAUUUGUCACCUAAAUUACGAAAAAAGUUGUUUUUUUAAACACGGCUUUUCUAGGAACUUUGUGACCGAAAAAUUGAUUUCUUUUGGCUUUGUUAGGCGUUUUAUAUUCGAAAGAAUUGAAAUUUGUUACCUAAAAUUAAAAAAUAAUUUAAAUUUUUAAAAAUAUUGUUAGAAAAUGGUCUUUCUACGUACUUUUUGACCAGAAAAGAGGCUUUUUUACUGUUUUUGGACUCUUUAAAGCUAAAAAUUUGGCUUUUGUUACCUAAAAUGUGAAAUUUUUUUAAAAAGUUUUUAAAAUUUUUAAAAUCUUAAAUUGUUCAGGACAGUCCCAAGUGACACCUACCAAGCCCGUGCGAUGGGUGAGAUCGCUGCCAAGUUCAAUUGGACCUACGUUUCGUUAGUGUAUUCGGCUGAUGAAUAUGGAGAGUUAGGGGCUGAUGCAUUCAAGAAAGAGGCUAGAAAGCUGAGGAUUUGUAUUGCGACGGAAGAGAGGAUAUCAGUCAAUGAUGUGCCUUCAAUCAAGGAGUCUGUGGGGAAUUUGGUCAAAAAGUAAGGGGAACUUUAAGAUAUUGCUAGCAGGGAGGUUGCUUUAGAUUUUUUUUUGAGGGGGGGGGGGGGAGGAGGAUAGGGGUGGAAGUAAAAAUGGGGGUAGGAGUGGAGGUAAGGGUAGGGGUAGUUUCAGGGGGGGGUAAUAAAAAAAUUAGGGUAGGAGUAGUUUUAGGGGCUAAUAAAGAAAGUUGGGGUAGGGGUAGUUUCAGGGGGGGGUAAUAAAGAAAUUAGGAGUAGGUGUAGUUUUAAGGGUUGAUAAAAAAAAUUAGGGUAGGGUAGUUUUAGGGGGUAAUGGAGAAAGUUAGAGUAGGGGCAGUUUUAGGGGGCGAUAAAAAAAUUGUGGUAGGGGUAUUUCUAGGGCGUAAUAAAGAAAGUUGGGGUAAUUGUAUCGGUAGGGGUAGGGCGGGGUAGAACUUGGGGUAUGAGUAGGGGUAGACUCAUUUUAAAUUUUUCAGAUUACAACCAGACAAAGACGUAGGAGCACGUGUAGUGGUACUUUUUGUGGGUACCGAAUACAUACCUAUUUUGAUGCAAACCACUGCCAAUGAAAUCAAAAAGUAUGGUCAUAACAAGAAGAAUAUCAUAUGGUAAGGGCUUCGGAAUGACAAAAUGAAAAAAAAUGUAAAAUACGUUUUGCUUUAAAAUUUUAAAUAAAAUGAAAAAUUUUUUUAAAAUUGAAAUUUGAGUAAAUUGGCUUUGUUUUACACAGAUUAUUCAGGCUAGCCAGUGAGAGCUGGGAUAGAAACAAUGAAGCCUAUACCUCUGGAGCCAGACGGCUGGCAGCUGAAGGAGCUAUCGUUCUGAUGCUAGAGUCACAACGAGUACCUAGCUUCGAGAAUGUAAGUCUACCCCUACCCCUACCCUUAGUUCUACGUAUACCCCUACCCCUACUCUUACCCCUAGUCUUACCCCUACUCUUAGUCCUAUCCCUACCAUUACUCCAACCCCUACUCCCACCCCUACCCCUGUGGUUACUCUUACUCCUACCUCUUUUUGCCGUUUCUUCUAACCUUAGUCGUACUUUAACCCUACUCCUAUUCUUAAUUUUAUCUACAUACCAUCUUAUCCUACCGUACGUUUGCCUACUGUACGGUAAUGACCUCUUUAUUUAGUACUACUUAUCACUUUAUCCGGGACAAGAAAAGUUCGAACGCAACAAGUGGUUGCGGGAGUUGUGGCGACGCAAAUUUAAUUGUGAAUUCGAUCUGCCAGAUGACACUACUAUCAACCGGUAUGUUUUGGAGUUUCAAAUUUUAAAAUUUUCUUUAAAUUGAAAAAAAUUGAAAAUCAAUUUAAUUUUUUUAUUAAACUUUACAUUUGGGACCGUAUUUUACAAAAACUAACUAUAAUCCUUCAGAUGUGAAGCUCAACGUGAAUCCCGAGAAAGCUUCAAUCCAGAUGACAAAAUUCAAUUUGUCAUCGAAGCGGUCUUUGCCAUUGCUCAUGGAUUGCAGGUAAACUAUAGCUAUUUCAGUUGAAUGUGUACCUUUCGUAUUUUUUUUUAAUUUAAAAAACAUACAUGGCAGUUUAUGAUAGAUUAUAAACGUUUUUUCAAAAUCAAUUGUUUUUGAUAUAACGCCAACAAUGGCGGGAAAACAGUGUUUUGCCGGACCGGUCCGGAUGAGAAUUUUUUCGGUCCGGUCCGGCUCUAUUUUUUUCGCUCAGGUCCGGUCCGGUCCGGACCAAAAAGGUCAGGUCCGGUCCGGAAAAAAAAUUUUUUAUUUUUAAAAAAAACCAAGAGCGCUAAAACUGCUUUCUUUACGUUUAAAAACUCUUAAAAAUAUGUUUUAUUUGCAAUUUUUAAACAGCUUUAUUAAAAUUAAAAAAAAAAAAAUUUUUCCGGUCCGGUCCGGCUCUAUUUUCUUUUGGUCCGGACCGGACGGGUUCGGCAAAACACUGCGGGAAAAGGUAAAUUUGAAUAUUUUUUAAAAUAAAAUUUGUUUUCAAGGUUUUAAAAGCAUUUUAAUUACAUUUUCGUUAAUUACUUGCGGUAUUUUGGCUAAAAACACUAAAAAAAAGUACUGAAAACACAAUGCCAAAGUUGGCGGAAAAAUCCAAAUUUGAAUUUUUAAUUCAAGAAACUGUAUUUUAAUGACUAAAGAAGCUAUUUUUUUAAAUAAGUUUUGACUAGAUGGCUUAAAAUAAUAACUUGAAACAUUAUGCCAAAGUUGGCGGGAAAAUCCAAAUUUGAAUUUUUGAAAAAUUUUGGAUAGCAAAAAUAAAAAGUAAUAUGUUGUUUUCAAGUUUAGUGAUAGUAAAAAAAUUGUUUGCGACUAUUAAAACACCAAAAUUACUACUUGAAACGUUAUGCCAAACUUGGCGGGUAAAUUUAUAUUUGAAUUUUUAAAUGUUUUAUGGUGUUUUUACGAAAACCAAAGUUUAAGUAUCGUAUUUUACAUUCAAAAUCAAUCAAAAAAUUUUUAGGAGAUGAAAAACGAGUACUGUAAACACGAUUCAAUCGAAACCUCAUGGAUAUCGCGACAUUCUGGUUUUCCCGAGAUUUGUGCCGCCAUGAGGCACAUCGAUGGAGCCGAAUUCUACACAAAAUACCUCUUAAAUGUCACUUUUAACGAUUUGGUAGGAAGACAAGUUCAUUUCAGUCCGGAAGGUGAUGGACCAGCUCAUUACACAAUUUUGAACUAUCAACCAGAUAGACAACAGAAGGCUGGUGGCAGAACAAGCAAUGACUAUGUUGAGGUUGGAAGGUGGUCGGAGAGAAAGGUAAAAUACGACCUUGACAUAUUCAUUUUUUAUAGAGAAUAUUAAAAAACUUUAAAAAUUUUAAAAAAAUUUAAAAAACUAAAAAAAAAUAAAUUUUGCACGGUGCAAACAAAAGUCAUAAUCAAUUUUUUAUUGACUUUCCAUUAUAGAAAUAGCUAAAAAAAUUGUUGAGAAUAGUGUUGAUGGUACUUAAAAACAGUACAGAAACUUUUGUAUAAAUAAUCAUUUAAAAAAAUUCUCUUUUCCACUUUUUUAAAAACUUGCACCGUGCAGUCAAAACACAGAUCAUGGUUUAUCAAUUUUUUUUCAAAAAAGCUAAAAAUUUUAAAUAUUGAUGCUACUAGGGCUGUGAAACAGUACAAAAAAUGUGGUGUUGGUAUCCAGUGCCGGGCGAGGACUUUUGGUCUGGGGGCGGGGGUCGAAAAAAUCGGCACAGGUAGGCUACCUGUGCCGAUCGGUAGCUGGUUUCCGAAAAAAUCACGGUGCGGUUAAAAUUUUGAGAAAACGUAAAUCUGCCUAUAUCCCUACUUCUCUCACUAUUUCUACCUUUAUCCUUAACUCAGCUUUUGCCCCCUUCCUUAUCUCUAACUUUAUUUUUACCUCUACCUCGUACUCCUAAAAGUUUAUUUUUUAGUUAGAAAUCAACCACAAUGCCAUGUUCUGGGCCUCGGAAGAAGGUGGUACCAUACCCAUAUCUCAAUGUAGUAUGCCCUGUCCCUUGGGCUACAAGAAGCAGUUGAUCAAGUCGGAUGAGGUGUGUUGUUGGGCGUGUGGAAAGUGCGAAGACUAUGAAUACCUUAUCAAUGAGACUACCUGCAUGGACUGUGGGCAGGGUAGAUGGCCGAAGCCGGAUCGGAAGUCUUGCUUCGACCUCAAGGACCGUCACCUUCGCUACAUGAAGUGGAACACCUACUUCUCGAUAGUACCGUGCAUAUUCGCUGUCAUUGGGAUUACUGUAACAUUGUUUGUCAUCGCAUGUUAUGUGGUAUACAAUGACACGCCAGUGGUCAAGGCCUCAGGUAGAGAGCUGUCUUAUAUAUUGUUGAUCAGCUUGAUCAUGUGUUACUCAAUGACAUUCGUCUUGAUAUCUCCACCUACUACGUUUGUUUGUGCUAUGAAAAGAACUGGUAAGUUUAUAUCUGAUUUGGAGAGAACUUUCUUUACAAAACAAAAAAUGGCAAGAACUUUCUUUACAAAACAAAAAAUUGCAAGACUUUCCUUACAAAGCGUCAAAUGUCAGAAACUUUCUUUACAGAUCAUAAAAUGACAAGAACGUUCUUUACAAAACAGAAAAACGUAAAUUAUGGCUUAUCAUAUAACUUGUCAUCCGCAGGCUGCAACUCUCAGAACCAGUAUAAAUUCUCACUUUCUUCGUAUUUUAGGUAUUGGGUUCGCCUUCUCAGUACUGUACUCAGCACUACUAGUCAAGACUAAUCGCAUACAUCGUAUCUUUUCAUCAGCCACGAGAUCAGCCAAACGACCAGCCUGUAUAUCACCAUCCAGCCAGAUAGUAUUAACCUGUAUCUUGGCUGGAGUACAAUUAGUAGGCUCCAUCUUCUGGUUGUUCAUAGUACCACCGGGUACUCGGAUUGACCAUCCGACUCGGGAUCAAGUGGUACUGACAUGUAAUGUACCAGACCAUCACUUUUUGUACUCUUUGGCUUAUGAUGGUGCACUUUUGGUAACGUGCACCGUGUUUGCAGUUAUGACAAGAAAAGUACCAGAAAACUUUAAUGAAACAAAGUUUGUGGGCUUCAGUAUGUACACUACCUGUGUCAUAUGGGUCUCCUGGAUCGCGUUUUUCUUUGGAACUGCUAAUAAUUUUGAGGUAAGGCUUGAGGGUGGCGAAAAGGUGCGACAAAUUUUGGUCGGACGGGGUAUGAAUGGUUUUUUAGGGCAGGGUAGAAAAAAUUUAUCAAGGUGGGUUCUCGUGAAGACAAGGUAAUGUAGAAUAUCAGAGUAAGGUAGGGUAGGGUAGAGCAGGCUAAGAUAGAAUAGAAUCGUUUUAUAAUUGUAAAAUACGAUUUACGAUUCAUACAUUUUAUAUCUUUUCAGAUCCAAACCACAUCCUUAUGCAUAUCAAUAUCAAUGUCGGCCAAUGUGGUGUUGGCUUGUAUAUUUUCACCGAAACUAUGGAUAAUAUUUUUUGAAAAACACAAAAAUAAGCCUGAAGGUUUUGAAAAUAGUGUUCAUCGGAAAUGGCAGUCAAAGUGGGUUUUUUAAAGAAUUUUUGAAUUUUAAAAAAUUUUUUGAUGCAAUUUUUAUGUUUUUUCGUUUUAAAAAAGGAUUGUCGUUUUUGUAGUCCAAAACUAAUGUAAAUUGACGACAAAACUAUUUUAAAGUAAAUCUUUAAACUUACGUACGACUGAAUUGCUACAAACUUAUGUACGGGCGAAUUGCUAGCGACUUGUGUACGGGCGAAUUGCCUAAGUCAUUUUUUGUCAUUUUUUAACUGAAAAUUGUUGAAAAAUACCUUUUUCAGCUACAACUCGAUCGCGCGCCACAACACAAUGAAUCACAACAACAAUAAUAAUGUAAAUAAUCAACGAGAUACCUCAAACACGUCGACGGAAAAGGAAGAUCCGGAUGUUUACACGAGCCUCCUUUCGAACCAACGCCGUCGCAGUAGCCGGAAACAGCAGUCGGAGAAGGACAGUACAAGUACAAUCAAUGCCCAUGAUACGUUUCUCUAG